AUGAUUGGAAUUGGUGGUAUUGGAGGUGUAAGACGAGUUGGCGGUGGUGGCAUUUAUGGGGGAGGUAUAUAUGGCGGUCGCGGAAUUUAUGGUGGAGGUAUAUAUAGCGGUCGCGGAAUUAAUGGUGGAGGUAUAUAUGGCGGUCGCGGAAUUUAUGGUGGAGGUAUAUAUGGCGAUGAUGACAGUUAUGGCGGUGGAAUAUAUGGCGGUGGAAUUUACGGCGGAGGGAUGUACGGUGGAGGUUACGAUCCAUAUAAUAGUUAUGGGAUGGGCAGUGGAUACAGAGGUUACGGUCAACAAGGAUAUGGUAGCGGUGGAUAUUGGCCGGGUGGAUCUAGUGGAUACGGCGGAUACGGUCAAGGAAGCGGAUAUUGGCCAGGUGGAUCUAGUGGAUACGGCGGAUACGGUCAAGGAAGCGGAUAUUGGCCAGGUGGAUCUAGUGGAUAUGGCGGAUACGGUCAAGGAAGCGGAUAUUGGCCAGGCGGAUCUGGCGGUCGUGGUCAAUAUGGUAAAUAUGGCAAAAAGAGUAAGUAA